UGCUCAGGGCAUCAAGCUUUGUGGGACCAGCUUGAGCGACUUUAGUGGCGACACCGUGAAGUAGCUACUGUUGUAUAAUUGAGGAGGGGAGAUCCCUACUCAGACAGCCGUUAAUUUGUUUGUUUUCUAGUUUGCGUUGACCUCUAAAAUUUACUUCGAGCAAUUCUGUCUUACGGUCAAUGAGGAUCAACAACAGAUUGGCGAGAGAGGAACUACUGUAGCAAGCUAGCGGGUUGGUUGGUUGUCAGCGAGAGAUUUACGGGUUGGUUUGUUCGAUCACAGUGGAAGAGAACCGAACGGGAACGUAAUAACAGACGACAUUUUUGUAGAUGUUGUGAGGAAACGUGUGAACAAUCAAAAGGUUUCUCAGAGGUUGGUUGUGGUGGAAUUAGAUAACUACCUUUGUUCUCUAAAAAGGUCUAGAUAGGUUUUUGUUUAUACAGAUCGUCGCGGACUAUGGCUCAUGGACAUCAUGUAGCCAGUUCCCAAAAAGCACUAAUGUUAGAGAUGAAAAGUCUUCAAGAUGAGCCAGUUGAAGGGUUCAGGAUAACUUUAGUGGACGAGUCGGACUUGUACAACUGGGAAGUUGCAAUAUUUGGACCCCCAAAUACUCACUAUGAGGGAGGUUAUUUUAAGGCUCAGAUCAAGUUCCCCAUCGACUAUCCCUACUCUCCUCCGGCCUUCCGCUUUCUCACCAAGAUGUGGCACCCCAACAUCUACGAGAACGGGGACGUGUGUAUCUCCAUCCUGCACCCCCCAGUGGACGACCCCCAGAGCGGAGAGCUGCCCUCUGAGAGAUGGAACCCUACACAGAAUGUCAGGACGAUCCUUCUGAGUGUCAUCUCUCUGCUCAACGAGCCUAACACAUCCUCCCCGGCCAAUGUGGACGCCUCCGUCAUGUACCGCAAGUGGAGGGACAGCAAGGGCAAGGACAGAGAGUUCACAGAGAUCAUCAGGAAACAGGUCCACGCCACCAAAGCGGAUGCUGAGCGGGACGGUGUGAAGGUGCCAACCACCCUGGCAGAGUACUGCGUCCGGACCCGUGCCCCACCCCCAGAUGAGGGCUCCAACCUCUUCUACGACGAUUACUAUGACGAUGAGGACUUGGAGGACGAAGACGAGGAAGAUGGCGAGGACUGCUGCUACGACGAAGAUGACUCGGGAACCGAGGAGUCCUGACGACCCGCCUCCCCACCCCUUCCUCACUCCCCCUGUCACCACACCCCCCUUAAAUGAACUCAUACUCCACCCUUCGUCUAUACACCCUGACAGAUCCCCCCCCC